UCAAAUUGUAAUCCAAAUUUUUAGUAGACUACAAAUCAGUAUUGACAAUACAUAGUAAACAUUGAAACCCUAAAAUAAUAUCUUUAUUCAACAAUGGCUAAGGAAGUCAUUACCACAGAUCAGCUAAAGUAUUACCGUUUGGUAGCCGAGAACGAUGAUCGAUCUAAGGAGCGUUGGCAAAAGAACUUUAGCUGGUAUCCGGGCCGUCAGAAUAUUGAAUUUAGUCGCGUUGCUCAGAUCUAUUGCGACAGUCGUCAUACGUACGGAGAUGAAACAUUUAUGAAAUAUGCCCAACGCAAAAGGCUGCACAAUAAAUAUACCACUACCGUUAAGCAUUGAAGCGAAGGUGCCACCGACAACCAAUGGGGAAUACGGACGAUUCAAACCCACUCGAAUGCAUUAUUGCUAAGCUGAAAGUAUUAGAUUAUUUGCAAC